AUGUCGAGUCCGCUAUUCGGCAUUGUCCCUGCGGGUCAAUCAUUGAUCACGGAGCCUUCAUCGACCCCCUCACCAACUUCACUACUCUAUGCCCUUCCCACCUCAAAACCGUUUUCUCACAUCGUCGUAUUUAUGCUGCCUGGAAUUACACUACCGCCAAACACCGCUGCAGCAAUUUACCUCGCCACAGCCACUGAUGUCGCCGCUGCUGCUCAAACAGGCGGCACACCCAAUUUCCGCUUCCUCGGCGGCAUCGGCCCAGGAAAAGAGAGUGCCAUGUUCAAGGUCAGUGGCGGAGGCGAGGCUAGCGACCUAGUGAUCGGAGUGUCUGUUGAGCCGGAGGAAUCCGUGGGCCAGCGAUUGCAGGAACUUGCUGCCAACAAAGCCAGCAACCCAUCAAGUGGUCAACCGAGCACUGCCAUUUUGGCACAGCGCAUUAUCCAAAACGCAUUCAACUUUCUAUCAAGCUUCAGCGGCACCGCAGGACCCGGUGGUGUUGAGGUCGUGCCUCUUAAGGCCUUUGAGAACUGGUGGCGCAAGUUCGAGUCAAGAGUUCGAACAGAUCCUAGUUUUCUUGAAAAGCAGACCGAUUAG